AGCAAAAACAUUUUGCUUCUCUUUGGAGAUUUCCCUUUCUGUCUCCAAUUCGUAAAACAGCAGUUUUGACGCAGCAACCGUCACGCCAUGCAAAUGUGGUGUUCAAAGGAUGAAACAUUGACGCCGAACGAUUCGUUUUGCAAAUGUCACUCAGCACAGCGGCUCAUUGGUGUAGGAACAUUGACAAGAAAUUGGCGCACAUUUUUUUGAGUGAACAUUCAACGAAAAAAGGCAUUUUUUUUUGCGAAAUAGCUGCUUUAAUUGCGAGACCAAAACCCUUUUACAGAUUAUUUCGCAAUUUUGAGGCGAGAUCCGCAUUGAGACAGGGAGACAGAGAGCAAACGAAGCCUGAUCUAUUCAAAUCGUUUGGAUUCAUACGAAGUGGACUUAUUGUGACCGAGAUCCAUCGCGAUGGCGAGGCGUAAGCGGCACAAUAAGACGUUUGGUAGGCCAAGGGAGAACAAAGUGCAGAUGAAAAAGCACUCCAUUGUGAAGAAAAAACGUGCCAAUCGGAAAGAAGAUUCAACAAAACAGUCGACAGAAAAUGGCACAAUCGAAAUCGGCGCGAUCAAAUUGGCAUUUAAUUCGAUAAUUAAUCCGAACUUAACAGAAACAGAAAGAGGAUUUCUGAUCCAUAAGUUCUUCGAGAAAUGCUUGAAUGCUACGGAAGUCAUGCAUCUUGCAUCGAUGUUAAUGCUCUACAGAAUCAACGAAGCAUUUGAUGAUGACAAUUUGGACCUCUUCGUGAAUCAAAAUGGAGCAAAUUUGAUUACAGACUGUUUCAACUGUGUCACAUCGGACAACAUCAAAGAUCCACUCACAGCCCAAAUGCCAGACGCAUUUCUCGCGAUGGUGACACAAGGUAGCCCCAACUUUGAAUGGCCACGCCGCCAUCAAAUGACCCGUCAAGUUUAUGCUCUCAAGGACCAGUAUGUGGCCAAUGUGAAUACAAAUUUGGAGACGUACUGUUGGGUGAGAUUGACCCACUUUCUACGUGUAAAGUGCCAUGAAUUCAAUCACAAAGGAAGCUCACUUGAGGUUAUUUAUAAUGCAUCAUACUUGCCUUUCGAUGACAUUGACAUUCGAAAUACGAUGAAAAAUUUGAUGUACAAUGAAGAUUGGACAUCUGAUGAUGAUAAAAGUCGAAAGUCGAAGAUGGAUAUACUGUUUAAGGAAGUGUCUGAGCUUUGUGGCCCAUCAUUCGUAAAAUACUUCACGAUGUACGAAUACAUUCAAAAGGACUGGUCCGAGUCUUUGUGGAUGUGGAUAGGCAUUCAACGCAUUAUCGAGAAAUUUUUGAUCGAUACGGCUCACCUUCGUCAACAUUGGAAAGCAUACGAUCGUGAUCCAGUGAACAAUCGAGAGCCGUCGGUACCGAAGAUACCAAAAGUGAAGAAUUUCGCCGCUAUUCCACUCAGUGAUACAAAACUGAAGCACAUACCAUUCGACCAUCAUGAUUUGAUUGCUAUCAUUGGCCAGUUGAGAAAUGAACGGGGAUGGAAUAUCCGUGCUGAUUAUCGUACAUACUACAAGCAAGGCGAGAACAAAGACGAGGCAUGGGGAAUUGUGUUCGAUAUGGACAAAAUCAGACAGCUCAGAACCGGUUCGAAAGAGUUUUACCACAAAAUCCAAACCAACAGUAGUGCCGUGUCGGUGUUGUUUAGCAGACCCAAACGCAAAGGAGCCGGCGUGACUCUGUCUGAAAUCAAGGCAAAGUACGAAAAGCCAGUCAGCAAAGGCGGUUACAAGUAUGAAUCAGGAAUUGAUCCCGGCCAGAAAACAAAAAUGGCCUGCGUGCGUCGGACUCUCGCUACUGGAACUGAAACCAACAUCAAAUUAUCGAGUAUUCAAUAUCACUGGGGUGCGCGGCAAGGAAUGCGUGACAAACAGGCCACGAAAAUGACCAGGAAGUAUGUGCACAAAGAACAGCGCGACUUGAAUAGCUAUCCGAUCACAUCCGUAUCGCCGCGAGGAUCACAAUGGAAAUCAUUCAUUAAGCACAAAAUCAAAAUGCUGACCGAUUCAUUGGCUACAUCCCAAUGA